GAUGGGUGGAUAUUUAUUUGUUUUCUCUUGGUGUUGUUAUAAUACUAUUUACUUUUUCUUAAUGUAUACUUAAUUUUGUCACCAUGUGUAUUUAAAAAAACAAAACAAAAAAAACCCCAUGAUUUUUAUUUUGUGUUAUCAGUGCUGUCCUGGGGAGAUAUGAGGUCUUGUGUGACUUAAGGCUAAUUCAGCUAAUUGUUAUGCAUUUGUUUUAAAAAGUCUGUCCCUGAUAGGGCUUAAUCAUGUCAUGUCUUUUAUGUUAAAAUCUUUGAGUGUAUAGGUCCCGGGGAAAGGGUUGUGCGGAUCUUCAUCUUGGACAGCAGCAAAGGAGUCGUCCAAAAAGUCCACUGGGAAGUUGGAUGAAGAGGGCAUGGAAAUAGCUGUUUGUUGCCACGGAGUCCUGUUAGCGGCAUUGAACAUGUUUCGAGGGGAGAUCUUUGCUUACCCUCUUUUUCUCCAGAGGAAGUUGGCAGCUAGCGUCCCAGGACAUAUUACGUUCCUUUGCUCCGAUGUGGCCUGCAAAUAUUUCCCCUAUUUAACCAAGGUGGCUCAGCAGUGCCCUGAGCUGAGGAACCUCUUGUCAAUGCGCCCUUUUCUCUCCGUCAUGCAUGCAAAGGCUCACAUUUGGAAAUGCGAGAUCAAAUGGGGAGGUGCGUUUCAGGAUGGGGCCGGUUCUACAGUUGGAAAAGAGGUGGAACAAGUAAACAGUUUCCUGUCUAGGGCGGCCAUCACAACGAAGUACAUGUCUAAAGCAGGGCGAACAGACAUGCUGACCCUCCUGGCUUUGGGGUGGAACAAAAGGAAAGUGGAACAACUGGGCCGCAGUUUGAGCCAGAGAUAUCUCAAGAUCAUAAGGAUCCUUAGAGAACAAGUGGAGAGCCUGAAUGCGACCAAAAAUGAGCUGGGUGUGGAUGACGACACACUGCAGCAAUGGGUGGCCGAUGUGCAGAAAUGGGCUGAAGAAACUGAUCAAACUGAUGGCAGCCUUGGAGCGUUGCAGGCACGCUUGUCGUCAUCAUCAGAGUGCGAACACAAAGUCUUUACAGACAAAAUGAUAGCAACAAGAGGCGACACAGAAUUCUCAAAGUCAUCUUAG